AUGAAGGAAUCACAUGGUACAAGUGUCCUGGAGCCCUUAUGCGAAGAUAACCUAAAAACUCGAGUUUUGGAAGAGAAUAUUGAAAAUUGUUUUUGGUUAGGAAGAAAGAAGAAUGAACAGCGUUCUGUCUUGUUUACUGUAAAUUCUCAUAACCUGAAAAUGAAGUUUCUGAGAAACAGGAAGUUGCUGAAAGGUUCAGGAAUAACUCUUACUGAAGAUAUGUCGCCUGCUCGAUAUAACCUGUAUCAAAAGACCGUGCAGAAAUGGGGUAAGCAGAAUACCUGGUUUUAUAACGGAGAAAUAUGGUUGAAACUGCGAGAAAAAAAGUUACAGAUAAAAACGGAAGAGGACUUGAAUAAUAUGGCGCAGUAA